UUGAAACGGUACAGCUUCCAUAUCUGGAAGGAUGACACGGCUAAGACACGGCCUAUCUCACCUAACCUAACCUCGUCCUUUAGUUUUCAGAACUCCUACCGUCUAUCGAACGACCAAUCACUUUGAAAAACACUUAACCAUCAGUUCCUCUUUUUUUGUUCAUGUCUUAAACAAUACAAAGAAACCGAACCAUGAGGAACAGUUUCAGUUUUAACAGACGCCACCUCGUCCUCACCAUCCCAAUCCUCCUCCUCCUCCUCCUAAUCACAACCGUGAAUUCACGUAACUCCCCCUUUGAUCCGUCUGAUCUAAUCUCCGAUGGCGUCCACAACAAUCAGUCCCUUAAUCAAACUGCAUCAUCGCCUUUCCAUCUCGCCCUCAAGAGUAGUGCAGAGGAGACGUGCGAGCAGACCUACGGCUUCCUGCCCUGCACUACGACGGUGAUUGGAAACUUGUUUUUGAUUCUCGUCUAUGGCUACUUGAUGUUCUUUGCCGCUACAUAUCUGUCUAGUGGGAGUGAGCUUUUGCUUCAGAUUCUGGGACCUGGUAUUAUUGGUGGCUUGUUUCUUCCCGUCCUUGGUGCUCUUCCUGAUGCAUUGCUCAUUCUCGUUUCUGGACUUUCUGGAAGUACUGAAACUGCUCAAAGCCAGGUCUCGGUUGGAAUGGGCUUGUUGGCCGGGUCAACUGUAAUGCUUCUUACAGUUAUCUGGGGAUCGUGUGUUGUUGUCGGAAAAUGUGACAUGAGUGAGACAGAAAAUUCUGCAAUAGACCGAAAGGACACAAAAAGAUUCAGCCUAACUGGCAGUGGAGUUAGUACUGAUAUUUGGACAUGCUAUGCUGCAAGAAUAAUGGCUAUAUCUGUUCUUCCAUUUAUUGUUGUUCAACUACUGCAAACCCUCCAUUCAACUUCAGGAAGGCACUUAGCAGUCUUGAUUGGGCUGAUAUUAUCUCUUGCUAUCUUGAUAACUUACUGUCUUUACCAGGUCUUUCAGCCUUGGAUCCAGGAGAGAAAACUUGAGUAUACAAGGCACAAACUUGUGAUGUCAGGAAUUUUAAAGCAUUUAAAACAGCGUGCUUUAGGAAGGCUUUUGACUGAUGACAGUUCACUGGAUGAAAAUGUCGUAAAAAAGUUGUUCCACACUAUUGAUGAGAAUGGUGAUGGUCGCCUUUCUGCUUCUGAAUUGAAGGCACUGGUCAUAGGAAUCCGGUUUGAAGAGAUAGACUUCGACAAGGAUGAUGCUGUUUCUAAAUUAAUUAAAGAUUUUGACAGAACUAAUGAUAAUCAUAUUAAUAUGGAGGAGUUCAUUAAUGGUAUCAAAAAAUGGCUUGGUGAGGCAAUGCGUGUAGGAGGUGGCACUCCUGACCCUGGUCCCCGGACACACAAGUACUUGGAUAACUUUCAUGAUAAAACAAAGAAAGCACACGCUCUAUUGGGGUCUAAGGAACCAGGGGAGGGAGAGAGUGAUGGGGGAGUCAAAAACCCCAGGUGGACGUCCUUCAAAGCAUCACUGAUGUUGUUGGCUGGUGCUGUUAUUGCUGCUGCUUUUGCGGAUCCUCUGGUGGAUGCUGUUGACAAUUUCUCUGAUGCAACAAGUAUUCCUACUUUCUUCAUCUCGUUUAUUGCUCUUCCGUUGGCUACCAACUCUAGUGAAGCUGUGUCGGCAAUCAUUUUCGCUAGCCGUAAGAAAGUCACCACUGCCUCGUUAACAUUUUCUGAGCUAUAUGGGGCAGUCACUAUGAAUAAUGUCCUUUGCCUAUCAGUAUUCUUGGCCCUUGUUUACUUCAGGGAAUUGACCUGGGACUUCUCAGCUGAAGUGCUGGUUAUUUGUAUUGUGUGCAUCGUGAUGGGCGCCUUUGCCAGCUUCCGCACCACAUUUCCUCUCUGGACCUCUUUUCUGGCUUACUUCCUGUAUCCAUUCUCUCUGGUACUGGUCUAUGUUCUUGAUUAUGUCUUGGGUUGGUCAUAGGUUUGUGCAAGUUGAAAUCAGAGCAAGGCUCGUAGUUUGAUCUUGUGGGAUGGUUCCUGUUUGAUAGCCAACAUAUGGCUGAGACCAUAGACUUUUAUGAGUGUUUUUUGGCUGUCCAAGCGUGAUUAUGAAUUUUGUUGGACACAUGAGCUGAUCCAGAAGACAUUGUACUUGUGAUUUUCUUGUGACAUUUCCUAUUUACAGUUGUGCUUUUUCAGACUUCAAA